UCACAGGAAGUGUAUAAAAGCACUUCCUGUGCUCCGUUAAAAUAGAAACGGGUAAAAACAUUCAUGUCUUGAUGUUUCAGAAAUUUACAAAACGCGUGAAAACUGCAACUAAAACAUGAAUUACGUACCAGGGACGGCGAGUCUCAUUGACGAUAUUGACAAAAAGCACUUAGUUCUGCUGCGAGAUGGAAGAACACUAAUCGGUUACCUGAGAAGCAUCGAUCAGUUUGCCAAUUUAGUCUUUCAUCAGACGGUGGAGCGCAUCCAUGUGGGAAAGAAGUUUGGAGAUAUUCCCAGAGGUAUCUUCAUCGUCAGAGGAGAAAAUGUAGUUCUACUUGGGGAGAUAGAUUUGGAUAAACCCUGCGACACGGUCUUGCAGCAGGUUUCCAUUGAGGAGAUCCUGGAGGAGCAGCGGUUGCAGCAGCAGGCCAAACAGGAGACAGAGAAAGUCAAAAUGCAAGUUCUGAAGGACCGGGGCCUUUCCGUACCCAAAGCUGACAAUUUGGACGAGUACUGAACCCUUCACAGGCCUUUUAGUUUGUACGAGACAAAUGCGUUUUAUGUUUAACUGAAGGGCGUCUUUUGUUUUGUGGCUAUAAUCAUGUGUGGCAUAAAUGCUGUUUUUGUUUUCUUUCUUUUUAAUCGUUUCAUCUAAAUCACGCGUGGGAUGUAAGGACUGUUGAUGUAAAUGGUUACAACUUGACAGUCUUUUUACAGCAGCACUUUGUCAUCUAUCAUCUUAAUGACAUGAACUUUUUAUUUGGAGAUGGUGGGUCUGAUAGUGACUGACAAUACUGUUCUCCAUUAAAACAGCUGAGUUUGUCACUUAUGGAA